CCCUCAAAUUCCCAAAGGGUAAUCUAAAAUCCCAAAAUCUAGAGAACAACACCCAAAAACUAGCAGAGUCCUCCGCCAUGGAAUUGGAUACUCUCUUAAGCACAAGCUCAAGAUCCUCCUAACUAGCCCAUAUGAGUCGUUGGAUUUUGAUCCAACGGUUACAAUUAUUAUGAUUUUUAAAGAGAUCCCCUGUUUGUAACCAUUGGAUCAAAAUCUAACGGCUCACGUGUAAUGGUCAGGAGGAUCCUGAGCUCAUGCUCUAGAGAGGAUCUAAUUCCCUCCGCCAUGGUCAACAUGAUUAUGGCUUCCUCCAAAGUCCCCAUCUCCUCUUCCCCUUCUUCCCCAAUCCCAAAACCCAAAAUCCCAUUCCAAAUCUCCAUCCCCAAAAUCCCAUCAAACCUCCAGAAGCUCACAAAGCCCCAGUUGGUAUCCCUCUCCUUCUCCCUUUCCGCCAUCGUCGCUGCCUCGUUGGCCUUGGCGCCACCUUCCCUGGCAAAGAAGUUCGAGAAGGGGGCUUUGUUCGACUUCAACCUCACCCUCCCCAUCCAGAUAGUGCAGUUCCUACUGCUGAUGGUGGCGCUGGACAAGCUCUACUACAGCCUACUAGGGAAGUUCAGAGACGAGAGGGACUCGGCCAUCAGGGAGAAGCUGGGGAGCGUGAAGGACAAGUUGGAGGAGGUGAAGCAACUUGAGGAGCAAGGCACUGCCAUCAAGAGGGUGGAGAUAUCGAUGGCGUUGAUGAAGAUAAAGAAAGAGACGUAGGGGGAGGUGGAGGAGAAAUUGGCGGAAGGGAGGAAGAAGGUGGAGGUAGAGCCGCAAGAGGUGUUGGCAAAGUUGGAGGAGCAAAAGGAGAAGACCAUGAAGGCGCUGGACUUUCAGAUUGCCAACCUUAGUGUCCAGAUUAUUAAGAAGGUCCUUCCUCUCUGAGUAAUUUAUCAAGGCAAACGGGUAGAUGGGCAAAUGGGGAAUUGGAUUACUGUGUCUAUGAUUAUUUAAUGUAAUAUUAUUUAUAUGUUAAAUGAAUGAAAUGACUGUGAUUUCUUUGU